GUUCCGGGGAGGAGAAGAAGAAAGAUGGCCAGCGCUAACGUUAGCUAGCAGGUCGGUGAGAUGAUGCGCUCCUGGUCGUUUUGUCUUUAAUUUUUCUCUCCAGGUGAGACACAGCCGCUGCUAAAAACCUCCUUUCGACAGUUUAACCACCUGGCUGCAAAUCCGCUCAAAAGCGGGUCGUCGCUGUGAUUUAUCGAGUUGUUUUUUGAGGGUGUGAGAGAGAGUCAGCUGUCCGUCAGGUGAGUUUACUCCUGCUGUUUACACCUUUAACUCUGCAGCUUUGACCAACAAUCACACAGAUUUAGCUUCUUAAUCCAUGAUCCAAUCACGGGAAACAACUUUUUAAACUUCUUUAUCGGUCCAAACGUUGACAGGAUGUUCUCUGUUGGAAGUUAGAACAAAUCUGUUCAGGGUUUUCAGAAAUGAACUUCCACACUGAGGUGAAGGAGAGGGAAAUGGAAGAUUUUCUCCAAAACAAACUCUGAAACACGACAGAAUUAUUGUAAUUACAUUUGGUUCGUCAAAGCCAAGGCAUUGAUAAAGAGCAGAAUCCUGAGUGAAAGUGUGUGGAGGUUGGUAAUACAGGAAGACAUCUUUAAUAGGAUUAAGCAAAAAGUGGGUUGAAUGGAAAUGAUUGGAAAAUCUAUCAGGGAACAAACAGUGAUGUCAAGAUUAAGACGAGGCCACACUUGAUUAAAUAAAACUAUGCAUUUAACAGGAAAACAUCCAACAGGGAGAUGUGGCUGUGGAGUUAAGGAUGAAACUGGAACAUGUUAUAUGUACACUACAGGCCAAAAGUUUGGAAGCAAGGACAUUACAUGUUUCUUUCUUUUUAGGUUUUAACAUAAACCUCCAGUGUUUCCUUAUCUUGAGUUUCAAAAUGACGUUUCCUCAGUGCGCACACUCCUGUGUCCACUAAAUCAAACCCUUUUUAAGUUCAUCCAUUUUAAUUCUGUUUCUGGUGCGUUUAGAUCGUGGGGUGGGAAUGAGGGUUUGGUUGGGGUAGAUUUGGGUUUUCUUUUUUUCUUUUAUUUCUUUUUCUGUGUAGAGAACUUUGUGCUACAUGAUUGUGUAUGAAAAUGACUGUAUAAAUGAAGACUGAUUUAUUGAUUGAUUGAUAAAGUAAAUAUGAAUUUAUUUUCCUCUGGCUCACACUCCUGCAUGGUUGCCUUCCGCCGUAAAACAAGAGGAAGUAAAAGAAAUGAACUUCCUCUGUUUGUUCAGAUUUCUAAUUCACAUUGCCAGCGUAUCACAGAACUGUAGAUGCUUUUCUUUUUAAACUAAAAGGAUAAAUUUUGGUGUUUUCUCCACCUGCUUCAGUUCAGAGACGAUCGUGAGACCCGGCAGCAAUGGCAGCUCCAGUCAACAUCCAGACUCCCAGUAAGACCUGGGAGCUGAGUCUGUAUGAGCUUCACAGGAGCCCGCAGGUAAACCAGGGGGUUGGGGUGGAUGACUGGAAAACCACUACAGUGUGUCAUCAUUCUGGGAUAUCUAAAAGCUAAAAAUAAAAUCACAGUAGACCAGAUGGAGUUAUCGAAGUGAGGUAACGUGUGUAUGAAAAUGUGUGUUUGUGUGUGUUCAGGAGGCGAUCAUCGAUGGGACAGAGGUGGCCGUGUCUCCUCGCUCUCUGCACAGCGAGCUCAUGUGUCCCAUCUGUCUGGACAUGCUGAAGAACACCAUGACGACCAAAGAGUGUCUGCAUCGCUUUUGCUCUGACUGCAUCGUCACCGCGCUGCGAUCCGGGUACGCCAGUGUUGUUUUUUAAGUGUGUUCAGACAUCACUUCUUCAUUUUCUCACCGACAACCCGGCCUUCACUCCAACUCACCCAAAAACGUCUUUGCCCACCGCUUCUAAAAUUGAGGAUGUGACGUCGCCUGUGUCUGAGCAGGGCGACGCACAGCCGAGGAAACAGAAAACAACGACAACGUGACUAAACAGUUUUGUCUCGUCUUGUUUUAUUCAACGAAAGUGAAGAGACAUUUUAGCGGAGUUUUUAUUUUGUGAAUUAUUUAGCCUCGUUUUUAUUCGUCAACAAUAUUGCAUUAUAUAUUCAGUUAUAGUUAUCGUCACAAGACCUCCAUUUACGUUUUGUCUCAUCUUGUUUUUGUCACGUGAUAAAGAUUCAUUCAUUGACGGCAUUUUGUCAUAAUUUUCGCAGACAAAAGCAACACCAGGGUACAAGCAAUCAUCGAACCAGAUUUGUUUGUUACUGCUGUGUUUUUUAACGGAGUACUGCAUAGAUCCUUUACACCAGAUUUAACCAGCUUCUCUGCCUGCCCCCCUCCACAGAAACAAAGAGUGUCCGACCUGCAGGAAGAAGCUGGUCUCCAGGCGUUCACUGCGCCGGGACUCGAACUUUGACGCGCUGAUUUCAAAGAUCUACCCGAGCCGGGACGAGUAUGAGGCCCACCAGCGCCGCGUCAUCGAGAGGCUGAAUCGGCUGCACAACACGGAGGCGCUGAGCUCCAGCAUCGAGGAGGGGCUCCGGCAGCAGGCCCGCUACCGCUCUGAGAGGUGGGGAGAAGAAAAUAAUAAUGAUAAUAACAAUAACUUUAUUUGUAUAACACUUUUAAAAACAGAAGUUUACAAAGCGCUCUGACAUAUAGUCAUACAGCACAUGGAAAAAGACAGAUAAAAACACAAAGCUUAUCUAAAACGGAACUGGAGGUCAUUUUCAUGUUAUAAGGAACCCAGACAAAACAAGAACCAUGUAGCAGAAAAUGAGACCAAAAUAAAAACAUAACAUAGUUAAGAAAAAAGGAAAUGCAGUUAAAAUGGAGGUCGAAAGAGGAAACAGGAUAGUAAAUAUAAAAGACAAUAUCAACAAUAAUAAUAAAAUAAUAACAGGUAAUACUGAUAAUGAUAGUAAUGAUGAAAUAGAGCAACAGAAAUGAGCGAGAGAUAAAACAAUAAAAACCCAAAAAGGUUCCUUAAGAAAAGAGAACAAGUAUUCAAAAUCUAAAAAGACAGUAAAGCCAAAAUAAGAUAAAAGAUAAAAGAUGGUGUCACGUCAAAGAAAGUCUGUAAAAGUCAGUUUUUAAAUUUGCCUUAAAAGAAGCGACUGUCUCUGCUGUUCGCCUUAUCUCCUCUGGAAGGUCGUUUCAAAGUCGAGGAGCUCUGAUGGACAAAGAUCGAUCACCUUUAGUUUAGAGUCUCGACUUUGGAACGACCAGGAGGACUUCACCAGAGGAUCUGAGGCUGCGAGUUGGCUCUGAAAUGUAUCUUGGUGCAAGUCCCUUAAGAACCUUGAAAGUAAUUAAUAAAAUCUUAAAAUCAAUUCUAAAACUGAGAGAAAGUCAGUGAAGGGAGGCUCAAAUUGGAGUGAUGUGAUACCGUCGACUAAAACCAGUUAAAAGCCGAGCUGCUGCGUUCAGAACGAGUUGGAGGCGGGAGAGUGAUUUCUUAAACCAGGGAGGAGAGAAAAGGGAUUUUCUGGGUUCUAACAGGGGGAAUGUGAGGAAAAUGGUAUUUCCAACAUCAGAGAUUCCUGUAGAAACGGUACAAAUAUGAGAUAUCUGAGAGAAAUCCUAGAACUAGAUAAACCAGAUAAAGAGUCACAAUUAUCACCUCUGCAGGAACAACCGGGUCAAGAAGCCGACUCAGGAGAGCGACAACACCACCUUCAGCGGAGGGGAGGACAACGGCGACUCACGCUCACACUUGUCUCACGACUCCGCCCCCUCACAAGCCCCUCACCCACCUGGUCAGACCCCCUCAGAGGCGGGGCCGAGCAGAAAGCGCCCCAGAGCGUCAGAUGACGGUUCUGGGCCCGAAGCGAACAGCGGCAGCCCCACCCCUCCGCUGAGGCGCCACAAAGAGGGGUCGGCCUCAGAGAUUGAGCUGGUGUUCAGGCCACACCCACAGCUCGUCCACGCACAGGACUACAAUCAGACCAGGUCAGGGGGGUCCGAGAGAAAAAAACGAUCUUCCUCUGCCGUUAUCUCCUCUUACCUUUCUUUUUUACAAACAAUCUUCCUUUACAGAUUCGUGAAGACGACCGCCAACGCCACAGUGGACCACCUGUCCAAAUACCUGGCUCUGCGUAUCGCUCUGGAGGACAGGCAGACCAACAGAGAGAAAGAAGACAGAGGCCGAGAAGAUGGAGGAGGAGGAGGAGGAAGUGGAGAGAGUGGAGAGGGUUCGAGUCUGAACAGCGUCAGUGAGAAACAGUACACCAUCUACAUCAUGACGAGAGGAGGACAGUUCUCUGUGAGUGAAAACGGCACACUUACGGGGGUUAGGAGAGACGUGGAUGCUGUUAUCUAAAACCUGUCGAGUGUGACCUGUCCAGAAAACCGUUAUACUGAUUCUAGAAAGCCACACUGUUCAGGCCUUGACUUAGUUUGAGAUUGUUUAUUCAAUCAAAUAUACAUACAGUACCAUUGUAGACAAGAAAUUCCCUAUUUUUGGAGAUGGAAAUGGAGUCGGUAGAAGCUAUUUAGCUUUUAUGUACCUACCCUCAUUCUUUCCGAUUCGUUUACUCUUUACAUGUCUCUUACAUGUCACCAAAAACUAAUCAAAGAUCCAAAUCAUUAUCAUUAAUACUGAAACAAAGACCUUAUAUAUACAUAUAUACAUAUAUGCAUUCAUACCUAUAUACACACAAAUAUGCACUUUAUAUACCUAGAAUACUUCAAAUCUCUCAUUUGUUCCAUACCCAUAUACAGUGUAAUAAGUGUGGCAAAAAGAAAAUCACUUUUGUAUUUUUCAAUCCUAAUCUGCUUUAAUUUACUUUUAAACUGUUCGAUAGUUUUACUUUAAGUUCAUCAGACAAACUGUUCCUCAACUUCACCCCCACAACAGGAAGACACGUUUUCAGUUUUGGUACGAACGCCUGGUCGUUUUAAAUCUCGUUCCCCUCUUAACACAUACCUUCACCAAACAUUUUCUGUAUAUCACUAGGGAGUAGAUUGUUACUGGCUUUGUACCUUAUCUGUGCAGCUCUAAUCGGCAAAUUUUAAUCCUCUUAAUUUCAGAAACAGUUAAUUAGUAUGAUGGAAGAAUCCUACCUUGUUAACAAUCCUUAUUACUCUUUUUUGCAUAAUAAAUCAAGGUUGUAAAUUUGUUUUGUAUGUUUUUCCCCAAAGUUCUAUGCAAUAAGUCAGAUACGGUCAUAUAUGCGUAUUGAAUAAUAAGUUUAAAGUUUUACGGUUUAAUUUGUGUCUUGUCCGACCCAAAAUGCCGAGAUUAUGGUCCAUUUUCACCCCUAAAAAAGUUACACUCAGACACCCUCUCUAUCUUAGUAUUAUCAAUUCUCACUUCAGCCUCUGUAUUUGGUUAAAUUGGUCUCUUUCCAAACACUAUGAACUUUGUCUUCGUCAUAUUUAAGGAGAGUUUCAACUCCACUGAGGUAUCCUGCCGUCGCUGGUUUAGAUUCUCUCCUGUACAAAAUUAUGAGCAUCAUCUGCAAAAAUAACAAAUUUUAAAACACUAGAAACUUUACAAAGAUCAUUUAUAUAUAAUAUGAAUAAUUUUGGUCCCAGUAUUGAACCCUGUGGCACUCCACAGGUUAGAUAUGUACUUGUUCUCACCUGUCUGUACAAACUGUUGUCUGUUUUCAGUAUAACUUUUGAUCCAGCUAAGCCCCGCCCCUCUGAUACCAUACCUCUCUAAUUUCGUUAACAGGAUGUCAUGAUUAAUCGUGUCAAAAGCUUUCUUGAGAUCCACAAAAACUCCUAUUGCAUAAUUUGGUAGUUCCUCGUUGACUUCCAUCAGUGUCCAAACGGACCAAAAUCUUUCAGCAUGUAGAGAUAUCAGCCAAAUCUCUCCCUGGUGUCCUUCUCUCAUUCUCCUCCUUUCUUUCUCUCCCGUCAGACUUUGAACGGCUCCCUGACUCUGGAGCUGGUCAACGAGAAGUACUGGAAGGUGAGGAAGCCUCUGGAGCUUUACUACGCUCCCACCAAGGACCAACAACAACCUCAGCAACAGACGCCACAGCAGAAGUCUCCUCCUCUUCCUCCUCCUCCCGCUCCUCCCCAGAAAGAAGGGUGAGGAAGAGAAGUGGGAUGUCCUCUCCUCCUCCUCCCGCCUCCUCCUCCUCCUCUUUAACCAACACAUCCUCUCCUGGAAACGGAGGUUACUGUGCAGAGUUUUUCUCUGGUUACUUUUCAUGUGUCCUCAGAGCAGAUUUCUGACGGAGGCCUAAUCAAGAAGAGAAGGAAAGAAGCACUUGGUAUCAGCUGGUAAAUCAGAGUUUUUCUCUUUAGUGCAGGAGGUGGACCAGGAGACGACAAAACGAGAGGUUUGGAGCUAUUUUAUCUACAAAAGAAAACACUGUGCGAAGUCGGAGGCUACAAAAAAAGCCCCAACGCGGAUUCUUGACACAUUUUAACAAUCAACAUGUUUUUGUUUCCCCUCCAUGAACCAGAAAAAACACAAAUUACAUCUUUAUAAACGUCGAGUAACCCAGAGGUUCCUCAAAACACUGAAAAGAGAGCAGCUCUCCUGCUUGUGUUAUUAACAGCAUGUGGAGACGUACCCCACUGUAAGAUAGAGAGGAGACACGAAGAUCUAAAGUGGAUCUCUCUCUCUCUCUCUCUUUUUUUAUAUGCUCUGCUUCGUCAUAAAAACCAAGAUAGAUCGACCAACAUGCUCACACAGCAGACAGAGGUGACAGGGAGGGCUUUAAAGCUAGCAGUGAACCUCAGAGCUCCAUGAUGCAGCAUCCAGGUGAGGCGUAAGCUGUCAGAGAAGGUAGGCGUUUACGAGACAUCGCUAUCAUCCACGCCAAACACGAAAGAGACAGUAAAUACAAAACCGUCUGCAGAGAUCGAGGGAAAAGUUCUGCAGCUUUUUUAAAAUCCUGAUAACUCUAGUUUUGUCUGCGUUAAAGAGACAUCUUAUACUUAAGUGCUAGUUAUGGUUACACAUGAGUAAGAAGUGUACAGACUGUCACAAACUGAUUCUGGGUGCUUCUUCUUCUUCAUCUCUGACUGUAAUAUACCUUAUUUAUCCACUAGGGUUUGGUGCUCUGGAUGUGACUCAAACUUAAACAUGGAAAAACGUUCACACACCAAGUUAGAGGUCAUUUGAUUUCUUAGAGAUGAGGAUAAACGUCUUUCUGAGGAUUUAAACGUGUCCCUGAUUUUCAGACUGUUUCUUAAACCCGAACAAUCGUACUCGGCUUUUCGAUCUUUACAGUAGAACAGUGAAGCAGAUUUCCCGUUCGAACAGGUCUGUUUAUGAACCCUCUGUGUGUUAGAGUUUGAUUUUAAAGGUGAUGACUGAAGCGCUCUGCUGCUUCAUGAUUAGGACAGGAGCGGUGUGAGACAGCUGUGCACUAAAAGCUUUGUGUUGAUGGUGUUUUUUUUUAGCUUUCCUCCUUUAGUACUCGAGCUUCAGCUGAGCUUUAAUAAGACAGAGAUGAGCGGCCGUGUUCUGGAGGAGUUGGGACGCUGUGGGGGAUGUUGGUUCAGGAACAAACGGAUGGUUUACGGAUCAUUUAAAGACAAGCCUAAUGUUGAAACUCAAAAUUUGUGCUUGUUAAAUAUGAGCAGAUGCUUUUUCACGAGUCUGUGCUUCAUCAUUUGUUGAUCCAAUCACUAACUGUGUACACAAACUGGUUUUUGGGGCUGAUUUCCACUACAGAGUCUGAUUUAGAUGAAGUGCUGCCUGAAGAGCAGGACCAUCCAGUCUUGGUUCGGGUUCUUCUUGCUCCUCCUAGUUUUAAAAUGAACAUGAUUAGUUUGGAGAUGUUCCUCCUCGUGUGUUUUUAUCAAAUUCAUGAUGAGUGUCUGCCGAUAAAUGUGACAAAACAACGAUUUCAGUCUCUGUAUUUGAUGUUUUAAGUUCUUUGCAGCUUUAAAAGGUUUGCAGGUUCUGUUUUUAGGGUUCUACACGGCUCCACAAACCGUGUCUCCGUCAUCCCUCCUCUGUAAGGGCUGAAGUGACUGAACAGUUCGUGUUUCAGCCUCAUUAUCAAACUUUGAUUCUCUGUUGUGGUCCUCAUGAGUGAUGUAGAAAUGUUCAGUAACAUCCAGUUUCUUGUAUGUUUUCGUUUUCCAUGUUUCCACCGCAGUGAUGUGACUGAACACCCGGCUUACCUUCUGUUUUUAUUCCUCUCCUUCCUUUUGAAGACUGUUUUUACUGCGUGCUGCAUUCAAACCUUUGGGUCAAAUGCAGCCGGGACACAGAGGGUCGACUUUAGGUUCCUGUUCUGCUGCCGAUGGACUCUGAUUAAAGUGUCGGAGAUAAAAGAUCUUGACCUGAAACAGGCAGUAAGAGCCUAACAGAUGUACAUUAAAAUAAGAAAAAAGAUUUCCUCCCCAAACGUUUCGUUUCCUGAACUCUUUGAGAAGCCAUAACGCUGAGCGAGAUCGAACCCGAGCUCCUCUUCUGUCUCUACGCACUUUAAACUCCUCUGCAGCCAUGAACAUUUCCCGCUUUACCUCAAUAAUGGACUCCUUGCAUAUGAAGAAUAAUGCAAUACUUCCUUCAGCCUCUGUUGUAUUAUACUCUGAUCUUCUUCAGUCCUGCAGCACAAUAAAAAAAUAAUCAUCUGAAGGUUU